AUCUCAUUACGUGACUGGUGCAGGAAAUACAUAUUGGGUCAAUUCAUCCAACCAUUCAUGCAUUAUGAAGGCUGAUUAUAGUUCUUCUUUUUCAUACAUAUUUUAGUCAUUUGGUUGAAAAUUCUGUACUGAGGAAAUGCUACCAAAGGUUUCUCGGGGAUUCUCCUUCUUUGGGACUGGGGGUCCCUUCAUGUUUGAUGAGAAGAAGGUUGAUGGAUCUGCCCCUAGUUCCAAAAGUUCUCCAUCUCUUAAACUACAAACAGAUAGAGAUGUGUAUAGACCUGGUGAAUCAGUUCUUGUGACUAUUGAGAUUUGUAACCCUGAGCCCACUUGUGAGAGAGCUGAAAGGGAGAACAUGGCUAACAGCAUAUGUUCACUUCUGGUUGGAAGAAUAGCUUUUGAACUGAAGGGAAUCGAGAAGUUGGAUACUCAGUGGUUUGCCACACAGAAACCAUUUCCUGGGUCAAAGCAGAGGAGAGGUGAACAGGUUUUUCUAGACUGUUCUACACCUUCCAUCAUUUCAAAUCAGAUCAUUUCCUCAGGCGGCACUAAAACAUACAUAGUACGAACAGAGCUACCAAAGAUCAUACCUCCAUCAUACAGGGGUGCCACUAUUCGUUAUCUCUAUUAUGUUAGAACUACACUUUCUGGACAGUGGUUGAUAUUGGAGAAUGGCCAUUCCAGUAUGGAGCGCAAGGAUCUGAUUCAGCUGGAAGCUCGUGCUCCAUUGCAAAUAUGGAUCACACAGAAGACCAGUAGCUUGCUAAAUGAAGAAGGUCAAUAUGAUGGGAUUUUGCCUGCUAUGACCAUCCAAACAGAUAUUUAUUGGAAAGAGAAGGAUGCAGAUUCUGAAUGGGCUAGAGCCAAUGAAACAUUUGAUGGAGUUGAAGAAGGCUAUGAAAGCUCAAGGGAUGAGAUCUCAUCUGUUUCUUCUUACAAUCCUGCAAAGGGAAAUCUAGAGCGGGCUUUUGGAAGUUCUUUAUCCUUGCAAUCAUCUGCAGCAAGGUCUUCAAACAAAGAUCUGUCAUAUCCCCAAGGAGAACAUUCCAGUUUGUCUUCAUAUGUGGCACUUCCCCAGCUCUCUGUAACUGAGGUCUUAUAUGAUCCUGUUGGGGAUGUACCCUCUCCUACGAAGCCUUCAGCUAUUAUCUCUCCUAGUCAGCAGAGAAAGCUUACAAAUCCCUUUUCCCCUGACGAUGAUGUUGGAACACCCUCUGUACUUGGAUCUAUUGAGCCUGUAGCAUCAGAAGGCUUUAUUCGUGGACGAUCUUACAAUAUCCGGUUGGAUGAUCAAGUUUUGCUCCGAUACACCCCCAAGAACUCCGACUCAACCUAUUACUUCAGUGAUAUGAUUGGUGGCACUCUCACUUUCUUUCAUGAAGAAGGAGCAAGGAGAUGCCUUGAGGUUUCAGUAACCCUAGAGACUUCAGAAACUAUAGCUCAGCGUUUUGUCCAUCCUUCACGAAGGAAUUCCCCAACAAAUACAAAGGUACAGAGCGAUUACCAUGAAGUUGUAUCUGAUUUGGUUCAGACAAGCUUUCUUUUCUCCAUUCCCAUGGAUGGACCUAUGUCUUUUUCCACGCCUCAUGUUUCAGUGCAGUGGGCUCUCCGCUUUGAGUUUUUUACAACACCCAAAAAUGUGGAUUGGACCAGAUAUGAGCAUCCUCUUCUUAUCGAGGGAAGAGAUAAAGGUGAGUGGGUUCUCCCAAUAAGAGUCCAUGCACCUCCACUGCGUAGUCAGGCUGCUCACUCAAGAACUGAGAGGCCCUCGUCUCUAGGACCAUUGUGGGUUCGUGGUUGAAGGAAUGGUAUGGUAAUGAAGGUAUUCUUCUUGGUUUUUGUUGUAGUUUCCAGUCUUGUUGAGUGAAAGCUUUAUGAAGGUAGGAAUCAGAUUGAUCUCUACUGCAGUACAAUGGUGUAAGGGGAAUUUUAUCAACUGUGAAUGUAGUCUGCAAGUGCAGUGUAAAAUGCCAAUAGAGGCAACAGUGAAGGGAGGACAUCAUCAAAUUUGCGUUCAGUCUGCAAGUACAGUGUAGUAUGCCUAUAGAGGACACAACCUAUGUUACAGUCGGUGAAGCAUAUUCUCUGGAUCAUUGAGCAUCAAGACUUGUGCCCCCCACC